UGCAGGCAUGGCCGCUUUCCUGGAGCUGGAGAGCCUGGUUGGGGGAGAGAAGCCCUCCAGCUGCAGCAGCCUCUUCGCCUUCGGAUGUGAGUUGAACAGCACUGCCUGUUCCUUCACUUUUCAAGUGAGCGAAGAAGAUGACUCUGACCAUUUCCUAAUUCUGAGUACGGUUUGCCUGUCAGCAAAUGCCAAGGAUGAAUGCAACACUGUGGAGCUUGUUGGGCACGACUAUCAGAACAAGGAGAUUGCUGUACCAGUGGCCAACUUGAAGUGGUCAUGCCAGCCCAUGGUGGCUUUGCAGAACUUUGAGCUCCAGCCCCCAGUGACAUUCCGGCUGCACUCAGGAUCAGGGCUUGUUCACCUUUCAGGACGGCAUCAAAUCUUUCACAGAAAGGAUCUCUCAGAAUUCAGCGAUGAGGAAGAAAUUAGCGAAGAAGAUGAAUCUAUUGAAGAGGAGGAAGAAUUCUCCCCUUUGAAGCCAGCCAAGAAGCAGCGGACAUCAUAGUUUGGAGGUGCUGCAAAUUUUAUCCUUCUUGAAACAAAGUUUUGCUGCUCUUCAGCUGAAUUUCUUGAAAUAUUUGCGUGUGCAUGUUUGGGUU